CGAUGCACGUUGAAGAAGGGAAGGUCGACACCGACCGGUACAACCGAGAGUCAAAAUCGUGCGGAGCUAAUUCCCUUCUUCCAAGAACCCUUCGAAAGAUUCUUCAUCAGCAUCCCGUACCCAUGAUUCCGAACCUCGUAGCACUACCAGGGACAGCACCGGUCGUGUCCGGGUCAGUUCUGCUUCACCAUACGUUCAAUAUCACACGCUCCAUGAUCCAAUGUGGUUGAGCUCGAGACCGGCAGAAACACACUCCAUCUUCUUCCGCAAUACCCGCAUCUUGCUAUAAAGGGUCCUUGGUGCUGUCGUCUCACGUGUCUAUUUCCUCUCUCUGUUUCGUUUCUUGGGUGAACGGGAAAGUGGUUCAAGGGCUCUGCUCGUGUGCUUGCUUGCUUCUGUCUCUCUCUAGUGCGAGAAGAUGCUCGCCGCAGUGGCGGCCAUUGUGGCUGUGGGUGUGCUCGCUUAUGGGUACAAGAGCGUGAAGCCUCCUCCUCCUAAAAUCUGCGGGUCUCCGGGUGGCCCCCCGGUGACGUCGCCCAGGAUCAAGCUCCACGACGGGAGGCACUUGGCGUACAGAGAGAGGGGCGUGGCUAAGGAGAGGGCCAAGUACAAGGUGAUCCUGGUUCAUGGGUUCAACAGCUGCAAGGACUUUUACGUGCCAUUGUCUCAAAAAGUGAUGGAGGAGCUGGAUGUAUAUAUCCUGGCAUUUGAUCGACCUGGUUAUGGAGAUAGUGAUCCAAAUCCUAAACGCUCCGUGAAGAGUGAAGCAUUCGAUGUCCAAGAAUUGGCUGACAAAUUGGGUCUUGGAGCCAAGUUCUACCUGAUGGGUGUAUCCCUCGGUACACAUGUCGUUUGGUCUUGCAUGAAGUACAUACCACACAGGCUUUCCGGUGUAAGUCUUAAUGUUCCGGUGAUCAAUUUCUGGUGGCCUUCUUUCCCUCCAGAGUUGGCCCACGAGGUGUACAAGAAACAGCUCAAGAGGGACCAGUGGAAACUCUGGAUCGCGCACCACACCCCGGGACUAACGUACUGGUGGAUGACCCAGAAAUUGUUCCCUUAUUCCUCUAUCAUGCAGGGACAUCCGAUUCUGUCUAACGAGCGAGAUGUCGCAACAGCACAGGCCAUGUCGAAAGUACCGAAUCCACAUGAGCACAAGAUUCGACACCAAGGCGACUACGAAUCCCUCCACCGAGACCUUAAAGUGCAAUUUGGCAACUGGGAGUUCGACCCGAUGGAGCUGAACAAUCCGUUCCCUAAUAACGAGGGCUCUGUUUCCCUGUGGCAAGGCCACAACGAUAAGCUUGUCCCGUUCGAGCUGCAGAGGUAUGUUGCGAAGAAGCUGCCCUGGAUCAAGUACCACGAAGUUGCCGAUGGGGGCCAUCUGUUGUUUCACGAACCCGGCUUAUGUGAAGCCGCGUUUAGGGAGCUUUUGCUUGGAGAAGAACCAUCCUUUUGAGCAUUGACGGACUGCAAACUCAUUCGCAUUGCUGCAAUGUCUGCCUUUUUUUUUUUUCUUGUUUCAUGUUCGACAAGACUCGAUGGCUCAAAUUCGUGCACGGGAACACAGCGAACCGCCAAAGCUGCGGCUCGACUCUGAGAACCUGCUCGAUGUGAAAGCUUUCUCAUGCUUGACCCGUGUCGUUUUGUUCUGAGAAUGCCCCAUCUCCUCUGUCACCUUACUGAGUGUUAUGUUCUGCUGCAAGUUAUAAACGAUAAAUCACCAGCUAUGAGACUUACUUAGUUUCCAA